GUAAGAAACGUCAAAAUAGCUAAAGAUUGAGAAGUGUAAACUCGUUUUCAUGCUGUUUUUCUGUAAUACUACAAAUUAAAGCUUUAAUUCAUUAAAUAGCUGAAGGAUAUUACUAAAAUCGAAAACCUUUGAUAGUUAUUCUAUCAGAAAACAAGUCACAAUAACACGAUGACGUUCAUACCGAAUUGGGAAGAGUUUGAAAAGUCUGCGGAGAUGUUAUAUUUAAGAGAUCCUUUAAACACUCGUUAUACUAUUAAGUAUUCCCAUACAAAAGGUGUAUUCGUAGUUAAAAUUACAGACAACAAAAAGUGUCUCCAAUACAAAACUGAAGUUCAGCAAGAUGUUAGAAAAAUCGAUAAGUUCAUAUCAAAUCUUAUAAGGCAUAUGGCAUCAAAUGAUAACUAAUGUGGUAAUAUUGUACAUUAAUUAAGUUAAUAAAUAUAUUUUGUAUAAGGAAA